AUGGCCCUGUGCUACCCCGUGGCCUUGAGCCUCAACAAGGGCCACAAGGUGACAAAGAAAGCUGAGGUACAGCGGCCCUGUGGGCGCCUCACCAAGCACACCAAGUUUGUGCUAGACAUGAUCAGGGAGCUUCACCCGUAUGAGCGGCGCACCAUGGAGCUGCUCAAGGUGUCUAAGCACAAGUGCACGCUCAAGUUCAUCAAGAAGAGGGUGGGCAUGCACAUCUGCGCCAAGAGGAAGCGGGAGGAGCUAAGCAACGUGCUGGCAGCUAUGAGGAAUGUGGCAGCCAAGAAGGACUGA